AUGGCAGUGAGCACAAGGAAAGUACUGACGGCGGUGAAGAAAAAGGGCACCGAUGAUCCUCGCAUGGUGCGGCAAAGUGCCCAUUUGGCUACGACUGCAACACGUUCAAGCUGGGCCCGCUCAGCUGCAUUGUCUGCCAGGCGCUGCUCCAUGAAAGCAGCAAAUGCAAGCCGUGUGCCCAUAAAUUCUGCAAGUUCUUAUUGGAUUUCCAUUGCCAGGGCAUGCAUAUCAUGCUUUAAGGACUGCCCGCUGUGUGGUGCUGAUAUAGAGGGGAUUGAGCCUGAUGCCGAGCUUCAAGCGCUUGUUGAUCAGUUCAUUGAUGGCCAUGCCAGAAUCAAGCGGUCACAUGCUACAGGAGAUGUGGAAGCAGCAGAUUUCAAGGACAAAGUCAUAUAUGAGGAUGUUUCGAUGGAGAGAGGAGCUUUUCUUGUGCAGCAAGCUAUGAGGGCUUUUCGUGCCCAGAACAUUGAAAGUGCACAAUCAAGGCUCACUAUGCGUGCAGACGACAUCAGGGAGGAGUUGAAAUCUUCAGAAGAUAAUCUGGACCUACGUUCGCAGCUUGGAGCUGUAUUAGGAAUGCUUGGGGACUGCUGUCGGACCUUGGGAGAUGCUCAUUCAGCAAUCACAUACUAUGAAGGAAGUGCUGAGAUACUCUCGAAACUCCCCACAAAAGAUCUUGAGCUGGUACAUACUCUCUCUGUUUCACUAAAUAAAAUUGGUGACCUUCGCUACUAUGAUGGGGACCUCCAAUCCAUAAGAAACUAUUAUGCCCGUUCAUUGGAUGUUCGCAGAAAUGCCGUAAAAGAGCACUCAGCAGUGGCUUCCCAGGUCAUUGAUCUAGCAACUUCUCUUGCCAAAGUUGCUGAUGUGGAUAGAAAUCUUGGGAAUGAGAGCACCAUAAUAGAGGGUUUUGAGGAAGCAAUUCAAUGCCUUGGGAAGCUGAAGCUGGAUUCUGAACAAGCUAGCCUUGAACAACGGCGCCUCUCUGUUCUCAAAUUCCUGCACAACCAGUUGGCAGAUAAGUAA